AUGGGCUUCUGGAGAACGAUGUGCUGCAUUCCCAAGCGAAAACGAACCAAAUCCGAGGAUAUCGACACUGUAGUUCGAAUAAAGGAAGAUGAAAGCUUUGACAACGUCGUCCCUGAGAGUUCGAUUGAUAGCCAGGCCAUAGAGGGACCUUUCAGCAAGAAGUCACAAUUUGAAGAUAUUCUCAAUUCUAAACAAAACGAGCUCGUUUUUGAGGAGGUUGGAGAAUCCGGCGAUCGACAAAUAAACACGACGAUUACAAUCAUGCGCUCAGAUUCCGACAGUUCUAUUUCCGAAGCCAAUCUCAACAUCGCCCACAUUCCGGCCAUGAAUUCUAGCAGCGACUUCUCAAGCUACACAUCCGUCGAGACAGAGGAGGUCUCCGAGCAUCUUGAUCCAAAUGAUACGAAGGCGUCGAUUCGCCCAAUGCUUUCCAGAUCGAUGGAUGAGUUGUCUAACAGAACGGGAGAAAUUCACGAAGCCGCCGAUUGCAAAACUCACGAUGCGCGAUAUUCCCUCGACCCAGUUUCCAUCGGCCACAUGCGAAUGAACAUUGCCAAAAAGCUUCAAUCGCCUUCUGAGAAAAAUCAAGACUACCAGGGAGAUGAGCUCAAAAACCUCCUCACAGCAAAAAUCGAGGAGUUGGAAGAAGGAGAAGUUUCGGACGAUUCUGAAGAAGACCCAAUUUACGAACCGGGCUCAACGCAAUCAGAUGAUUCUUUUACAAUUUCUGACGAAGACGGCUACGAUCCACGACGAGAAAAUGAGUCCGACGGCAACGUUUCCGUCCAAGAAAUGCUCGACCUUCACGGCGAAGAUCUCGAAUCACUUCGUCGCCGACUCAGCGUUUUGAACAGAGACGUCACUUCGUUCCAAGACGAAUUUAUCGAGCGCCGGCGGCGUGAAGCUGAAGAACUGGCCAAAGAAGAAAAGCAGGAAGAGCCAGAAGAGGGAGAAGCUCCAGAAGAAAUUCCGGAAGAAGAGGAAGAAAAAAUUCCUGAAGCAUCAUAA